AGUCAUUAUCUCUCUCCUCACGCACACACACGCUCGCUCACUUUUCGUGGGAGAAAGUAGGAAGGGGGAAAGAGAAAGGAGAGAGAGUGAUUUCAGGUCUCUCUCUGCUGUGGGUACUCAUAUCCACUCCGCUGACUCAAUGGAGCUUUAGCACUAGGGAUAUAAAAUCAAAUAUUUAUUGCCCGUACCCCUUUUACUAUUUAAAUUUGUACAUAGCAUAGGUAGAUAUAGGUCACUUAUUAAAGAAGCGAUAAGGAGAGGUAAAAGACGUCUCCAGAGGCGUGCCUUUUUCUCUUUUUUUUGCCUCACAGAAGGUCCAGUCGAAACUCUCUUCGACUGACUUUCUGUGAGAGAGGAUAACUAAUUUGAACAUAUCCUACCUUAUAGUCCAACGUCAAACAACUACAAAACUAUGGAUAUUCGAGAUUGCCCUUUUCGGAAGAAGCGGAGACCAUGGCGUGUGGACCUUUCCUCUUUUGCCUUGGUAACCCUGGUGCUCGCGCUGUGCCAACUACCCGUGGCUCGAGCAGAUCCAGUAGAUGUGUUGCGGAUGCUGCAGCUGCCCUCUCUCCCCGAGGGGGUGCGGAAGGUUCCAGGCUUCUGCACCUCCCGCCGUGCCGGCUCUGGGGACCAUGCCUACCGCAUCACCAAGAAGGCCCAGAUCUCUGCCCCCACCAAUCAACUCUUCUCAGGUCGUUUCCCGGAGAAUUUCUCCAUCAUGGCCCUGGUCAAGGCCCAUGCGGGCCUCCAGGCCUUCCUGUUGUCCAUCUACAGUGAGCAGGGUGUCCAGCAGCUGGGUGUGGAGCUGGGACGUUCCCCCGUCUUCCUGUACGAGGACCAGACCGGCAAGCCCGCCCCCGAGGACUACCCCCUCUUCAGCGGCGUCAACCUGGCCGACGGCAAGUGGCACCGCAUCGCUAUCUCCGUGUCGAAGAAGAACGUCACCCUGCUCCUGGACUGUAAGAAGCGCAUGACCAGGGCCCUGCCCCGCAGCAACAGCCCUGUGGUGGACACCAAGGGCAUCACCAUGUUCGGAGCACGCCUGCUGGACGAGGAGGUCUUCCAGGGUGAUAUCCAACAGCUGCUGAUCGCAUCCAACCCUCAGGCUGCUUAUGACUUCUGUGAACACUACAGCCCCGACUGUGUCCCCCUACCCAAGAUCCAGUCCCAGGACCCCAACACAUACGCCUCAGUGAGUGCCGUAAAAGGAGAGAAGGGAGAGCCUGCUGUCCUUGAGCCUGGUAUGUUGAUUGAGGGACCUCCAGGACCAGAAGGACCAGCAGGUCUCCCUGGACCUAAUGGCCCAUCUGGCCCUCCUGGCUCUGUUGGUGAUCCUGGCGAGAGGGGCAUCCCUGGAAAGGCUGGUAUCCCUGGUGCCGAUGGCGUCCCUGGCCCCCCUGGAACGUCCGUCAUGCUGCCCUUCCGUUUCGGAAGCAGUGGAGGAGACAAGGGUCCCGUCGUCUCAGCACAGGAAGCCCAGGCUCAGGCCAUUCUGUCUCAGGCCAGGCUGGCUCUGAAGGGACCACCUGGACCAAUGGGCUACACUGGACGCUCAGGACCCCUGGGUACCCCUGGAAGUUCUGGUCUGAAGGGUGAGAGUGGGGAUCCUGGACCUCAGGGUCCAAGGGGACCACAAGGUUUGAGCGGACCUCCCGGCAAAUCAGGAAGAAGGGGUCGUGCUGGAGCUGAUGGCGCCAGAGGCAUGCCAGGAGAGGGUGGGCCUAAGGGGGACCGUGGUUUCGAUGGCCUGCCUGGAUUGCCUGGAGAUAAAGGACACAGGGGUGAUACUGGAGGAUUGGGACCCCCAGGAGGUCCUGGAGAGGACGGAGAGAGGGGAGACGAUGGAGACAUCGGACCCAGAGGACUUCCAGGUGAACCAGGACCUCGUGGUUUGCUUGGGCCUAAAGGUCCUAAUGGAAUCCCCGGACCUCCUGGUGUGCGUGGCAACGACGGGCCCCACGGUCCUAAAGGAAACUUGGGUCCCCAAGGAGAGCCAGGUCCCCCAGGGCAGCAGGGUACCUCAGGAACACAGGGAAUGCCAGGGCCACAGGGAGCCCACGGGCCCCCAGGAGAGAAGGGCCCUACAGGAAAACCUGGUCUGCCAGGAAUGCCUGGAGCCGACGGCCCCCCUGGUCACCCAGGAAAGGAGGGACCUGUUGGCACCAAAGGAAACCAGGGUCCCAACGGUCCUCAGGGGACUAUCGGCUAUCCUGGCCCUCGUGGCAUUAAGGGAACUCAAGGUAUCCGUGGACUGAAGGGUCACAAAGGAGAGAAGGGAGAAGAUGGCUUCCCUGGAAUCAAAGGAGACUUUGGUGUCAAGGGGGAGAGAGGAGAGGGUGGAGUGCCCGGCCCCAGAGGAGAGGACGGUCCUGAGGGGCCAAAGGGCCGUGUUGGGCCCCCUGGCGAGCUCGGACCCAUCGGUCUGGUUGGAGAGAAGGGUAAACUUGGUGUUCCUGGACUUCCUGGCUAUCCUGGAAGACUUGGACCUAAGGGCUCCCUCGGUUUCCCAGGAUUCCCUGGAACCAAUGGCGAGAAGGGAACAAGGGGUCUGAUUGGAAAGUCUGGACCUAGAGGACAAAGAGGACCAACGGGCCCCAGAGGUCAGAGAGGGCCAAGAGGGUCUACUGGAAAACCAGGAGCCAAGGGUACAUCAGGAAGUGACGGCCCAUCUGGUCCACCAGGAGAGAGGGGACUGCCCGGACCUCAAGGAGCAAACGGUUUCCCUGGGCCAAAGGGACCUCCCGGACCACCAGGAAAAGAUGGACUGCCCGGACACCCUGGACAGAGAGGAGAAGUUGGAUUCCAAGGAAAGACUGGGCCACCCGGGCCUCCAGGUGUUGUUGGACCUCAGGGUCCCUCAGGAGAGACUGGCCCCCUGGGCGAGCGCGGUCACCCCGGGCCUCCAGGACCACCAGGCGAGCAGGGACUCUCCGGACCCUCUGGCAAGGAGGGAACUAAGGGAGACCCUGGUCCCCCAGGCGGCCCCGGGAAAGACGGGCCCCCAGGACUGAGAGGCUUCCCUGGAGAGAGAGGAAUGCCUGGCACCCCGGGAGGUGGCGGACUGAAAGGAAGUGAAGGCCCAGCAGGACCUCCUGGAACAGCUGGAUCCCCAGGUGAGAGAGGACAAGCAGGCAGCGGAGGCCCCAUCGGACCCCCAGGAAGACCCGGCCCCCAGGGGCCUCCAGGACCAUCAGGAGAGAAGGGAGUGCCUGGUGAGAAAGGUCCGAUCGGCCCCGCCGGUCGUGACGGUGUCCAGGGCCCAGUGGGUCUCCCAGGUGCUGCCGGAGCCAUCGGAGUUCCAGGAGAGGAUGGAGACAAGGGUGAGGUUGGAGAGCACGGCCAGAAGGGAGCGAAGGGCGGCAAAGGAGAGCAUGGUCCUCCCGGUCCACCAGGGCCAAUGGGUCCACUUGGUCAACCCGGCGCUGCUGGAGCUGAUGGAGAACUAGGAGCCAGAGGUCAGCAGGGACCAUUUGGGGCCAAGGGAGAUGAAGGAUCAAGAGGAUUCCCAGGGGCCCCAGGUCCCAUUGGACUGCAGGGAUUGCCAGGCCCAUCAGGAGAGAAGGGAGAGACUGGAGAUGUCGGACCAAUGGGUCCACCUGGCCCCCCAGGACCCCGUGGCCCUGCUGGUCCAAGCGGUGCUGACGGUCCUCAAGGUCCUCCUGGUGGUCUGGGUAACCCUGGAAACCUGGGAGAUAAGGGAGAGCCUGGCGAAGCUGGACCACCUGGAAUCGGAGGAGAGCCAGGAAAGAAGGGCCCACGUGGAGAGCACGGUGACAAGGGAGAGGCGGGACAACCUGGUGCUUCUGGCCCUGCUGGUGGAAGAGGAGGCCCUGGAGACGACGGACCCAAAGGAAACCCUGGCCCUGUUGGUUUCCCUGGCGACCCCGGUCCCCCUGGUGAACUCGGUCCCAGAGGUCAAGAUGGAGCAAAGGGAGAGAGAGGAGAGGACGGUGAACAAGGACAAGCUGGAUCUCCUGGACCCACUGGUGAGAAUGGACCUCCUGGCGGACCUGGAAAGAGGGGUCUUGCUGGAACGAGAGGACCAGAGGGACGACAAGGAGAGAAGGGAACUAAGGGAGAUCCAGGUGCCAACGGACCUCCAGGAAAGACAGGCCCCGUCGGACCUCAGGGUCAGCCAGGAAAACCAGGAACUGAGGGUCUGAGAGGACUCCCUGGAUCAGUGGGUGCGCAAGGUUCUCCAGGCCUUGCCGGCCAGAAGGGACCUCCCGGACCACUGGGACCACCAGGCUUGCCAGGACUGCGUGGCGAGGGCGGUGACAAGGGAGAGAAGGGCCACUCAGGUCUGAUCGGUCUGAUUGGGCCCCCCGGAGAGCAGGGAGAGAAGGGAGACAGGGGACUGCCGGGGCCACAGGGGACACACGGGUCCAAGGGAGAGACUGGUGUCUCUGGAGGCAAUGGGCCUAUCGGUCCUGCUGGUCCUGCUGGUAUGCCUGGUCCCCAAGGUGUCAAGGGAGCUAAGGGUGCUACAGGAGGAGCUGGUCCCAAGGGAGAGAAGGGCGUCUCAGGACCCCCUGGGCCUCCAGGUCCUCCAGGCGACGUCAUCCAGCCACUGCCCAUCCAAAUCUCCAAGAAGUCCAAGCGCUCCAUCGAUGCCAGCCGGAUGCUGUUCGAGACAGACGAGGAGGCAGUCGCAGCCGACGCCACCGGCACAGAGUUCUUGACAGGCAGUGAGGGCAUGGAGGAGAUCUUCGGCUCACUGAACUCGCUGCGACAGGAGAUCGAGACCAUGCGCUUCCCUCUGGGCACCAAGGACAGCCCUGCACGCACCUGCCAGGACCUCAAACUCAGCCAGCCAGAGCUCAAAGACGGAGAGUACUGGAUCGACCCGAACCAGGGUUGCUCUCGCGACUCUCUCAAGGUGUUCUGUAACUUCACCGCCGGUGGGGAGACCUGCCUGUACCCCAGCAAGGGCAUAGACACGGUAAAGCUCAACUCUUGGACCACAGAGAAACCAGGCUCCUGGUACAGUGAGUUUGCAACUGGCAGCAAGCUCUCGUACGUGGACUCUAAUGGAGAGCCGAUCGGCGUGGUACAGUUGGGCUUCCUGCGGCUGCUGAGUGUCCAGGCCCGCCAGAACCUCACCUACCACUGCCACCACUCCGUGGCCUGGGCCGACCGCACAGCCAAUAACGUCCACAAGAGGGCGCUGCACUUCCAGGGCGCCAACGAUGAGGACAUCAGCUAUGAGACCAGCCCAUACGUCAAGGCCCUGGUCGAUGGCUGUUCUUAUCGUAAGGGCUUCGACAGGACAGUGUUGGAGGUGAACACGCCCCAGGUGGAGCAGCUUCCUCUGCGGGACCUCAAGAUCACAGACUUUGGGGAGAGCAAGCAGAAAUUUGGCUUUGAAGUGGGACCUGUCUGUUUCCUGGGCUAAAACACAGUGCAGAGAAACAGACACGUAUAGAAUAUACACUUACACUGAUGCACACACACACUCUGUCACAAACACUGAUGCACUUAACACAAACAUUGACAUAGACAAACCAAUAUACAGUACAUGCCCAGUAAUUUGUAAAUGUAUUUCAUGAUACCAAGCACAUUCACAUACACGACCAUACACACACACACACACACACACACACACACACACACACACACACACACACACACACACACACAAAUACUGUUGUGAAACAGACAUGCACUCACUCAAGUACAUGCCCAGGGGAAAACAUCUCCCAAAUAGAAAUGGACGACAAGAGAAAAGUAGAACACAAACAUUCUCACGAAGAGGAGACCAAAGAUCGAUUGCGAGAACGAGAGAUAGCGUUCUGACCGUUAACAGAAUAAAACCGUGUUAUUUUCCAACAAACAGCUGGCCCAAAGAGCUGUCUCCUCCUUCCGUACACGCCAGAGCCCUCUGUCGCGGACCCCCCUCUCACUCCUCUCUCCUCCCCACUGUCUCUCUUUCGAGUUGUCUCACCCACUCUACCUCUCUGCUUCGCCCUGCCCACACACUUGUACAUCUCCUACAUCCAAGCCCGCCCCAUCCAAGCAUCACUUCCUGCCUCACCACAUUAAGGGGAAACCAAUGAAAGAAUGGGAGUUCCACAAAGAACAUAUAGGACCCGAAAACAGCCGAGCCUGUAGCCAACCAGGCCUGAAGACGUCUACUGUACGUCCAUGUUGUCUAGCUAAGUGAAUUUUCUAUUCAUCUCCACAGUGAAAUUCUGUACCAAACAGCCCUUGAUAUCAUACAACUUUAUCAGUCUAACAUUACAGUUAUCCUAAAGCAGGAUAUAAUAGAGGUGGGUGAAUAGAAACUUUACGGUGCUUUGUGGAGAUCGAGUGGAGUGUAAGUAAAGCUGUGAGAUCUCUAGUUUUAACACGGCUUUAACUUAAGGUGUGAAUAUCAACAGUUCUUUGCUCAGUACUGUAAUAAUAAAGUCCUAACCGCAAUGUACUGUCUCUGAACUGUAUGGCUGUUUAUUAUUGGGCAAAUAAUGUUGCAUGCAAUGGGACGGAAGGGUGUCUUUGCCUUCUCCAAGUAUCAAUGAAUCAAAAGCCAUUAACCUUGUAAAUUGUACUGAACUUGAUGUAUGGUACAUGUAUUUUUAAUAAUUGUUACAACUAUCAUACAGGCCAGAACUGGAGUUGCUAGACCAGCGAAUAGGCCACAAUGCCAUCAAACCAGUCCAGUAUUUACAGGUGUGAUGCCUGGAAUUGUAUUGUUUUAUGUAGAACACAGGUUACGUUCCAGGAUUUGUGACAUUCCAUCUCUUUUCAAGCAGGGAAGGUAUCAGGGUUAAAUAUGUAUAUGAGCUUAAUAGAUGAAGACCAAAAGUUCUCUCUUACAACAGUGAAUAAAUGCAUGCUUUCAAAAACUGUGGCAAGGUGCUAAUUAUACCAAAGCGUUAAUAUAUUCAGCAUGAAUAAUUCAAGUUUGUCUCUAUCACAGCCACAUGAUGCUGUCACCAGUUCUCCUACUGGAAAUGUGCAUUAGAAUCCAUUUGUACAGACAUAGUGAUAUUCUAUUGUAUUUAUUGAAAACAAACAGGGUGCUUUAAACAACGACAAACCAAAUAUGCCAGUCGAAUGUGGUAUUUCAUUUUGUAUUUAUUUCCUGUAGUUCUCACUUGACGGUUAAAACAAUUAAAUACAUAUUAAACAAACACUAACCCGAGUUAUCUGUGCACACCCCCUUGGUCUAUGCAUGUCAACAGUUAUGGUGAAAAAUAAAACAUGUAAUUUGUGGCCAUAUCACAUUGUAACUCUUUAGCAUUCAUGAACUGUGUUGUUACGAUUGCUUCUGUUGUAAUGAUUAAAUGGGGACUCUCCAAUGCUGUCACAUUUCAUUGCGGUUUGCCAAUGCUGGGCAGAGCUGUGCUGCAGGAGUAUGGCGAGGGGCGACAAACAGACACCGGGAUUCUACGGUUGUGAGAACACAGUGGGCAGGGGAUAGCUAGCGGGAGGGAGGGAAAAUUCUAGCAACCACCUGGGGAAAAAUUACUAAGAUUUUGUUUGUAAGUAAUGUAAUGUGGCUAUGGGGUUGAAUAUCAUUAUGGGUAUUUUGGUUUGUUUUUCUUUUGAUAUUGCAGAGAAGGGGGGAUUGACCGAAACUAAACCCAGAGGUGAAAAAAUUAUGUCCUUGUGAUUCUCGAGAGAAAAUUGCAUCUAUUGGUUAGUUUUUUUUGUUAAAGACAAAUGUUUCAACAAAAUAUGGUGCUGAAAAGAGAAAAAGUAUUAUUUUAUGUAAUUUUUUUUAAAUGUUUGUUUCUGUAAUAUAUAAUCUUUUUAAAAAGA